AUGGUGAUUCUUGUUACAAGAGAUGAGCAUAUUUACAGCAAGCCAGCUACUAAAUUGCAAUCGACAAUCUCGGACCAAGUCAAUUCAAGAAAGCUUUGUUUUGGUGGGAAGGUUCAUGAAAUUGUGAAAGACCCCUUGGAGGACAGGACUAGACCUAUGACUCGUUUAAGGAGAAAAAGAAUGCGAGAGGCACUAAAGAACUUCAUCAUUGAAGCUCUCUCAAAGGAAGAAUCAAAGUUCCAUAGAUUCCAGACUGCAAGUCCAGAUGCAUCAAUGUUAUUCUUCCCUACCGAAUGUCUCCAUGCAUAA